GCCUUCGCCGCCCGUCCCUUCGAGGGGAAAGGCGGAGCCGCCAGGCAAGAGGCUCCGCCCACAGCCCGCGGGGGGGGGGGCGCCAAGCUCCAUGUGCGCCCGCCGCCGCGUGACGCGCUCCCUCUCCCCCUCCCCACCCGCGCCUCCACUUGCGAGUUUGACAGGACUUUCGACGGGGCUUUUUUCCCCGCAGCUCCGCGGAGGAGGGAGCAGCAGCAGCAGCAGGCGCCUCUGCAGUCCCGGCCGUCGUCAGCCCCGGCUCCCCUCGCCUGGACCACUCCUCCGUCCGCGCGGCGGAGAAGCAAGGAAGCCGCGCUCCCCGCAGCCACUGCCGUGCAGACGACCAGCAGCAGCAGCAGCUCCUCGCCGAGAAUGUCGGAGCCCAGAGCCCAGAGGGGGGCGGCGGCGGCGGCGGCGGACAAGGAGUCCCAGAGCCCGGUGGUAGGGCGCCCUUUCUUGGCUACUUUCUCUCCCCGUCGCUCUUCUGUUCUCGCCCUCCCCCGCGCCCUCCCCCGCAUUGUUCUCUCUCCUUUUUCCGACGCCCCUUCCCCUCCUCCUCUUCUUUGGGCUUUCCCUCCUGGCUGACCUGAACUCCCUGCCCUUGUUUCUCCCUCCUUCCCUCCCCCCCUUUUUUUGCUUCCCUCGCCAGGCCCAGCUGCUCUUGGGGCUGCGUUGGGGGCGCUUGGAGGAGCCCCUGGGAUUCAUUAAGGUGCUGGAGUGGGUAAGUUCGGCCUCCCGUGCAACUUUUUUUUUGGGGGGUCGGGGUGCGAGAGAGAGGAAGGUGACGCUGCCGUCCAGCAAACGCGCUGAGAGACCAGGCCCUUGGAGAUCAGGGGGAGUUGAAGAAAGGGGGCGUCCCUUCUCCGGCGGUGGGACCCUGCGAGCCGACUUUCUGGCUGCGAGCCGGAGGCGGCGUGCAGGGGCAGACUUGGGAGGGAGGGCGGGAGGGAGACGCCCGAGUGCCUGCCCUCUAAGGCAGCCCUUCUAUGUGCAAGGAGUCUGGAUUCGUGGACUGGGGUAUGCAUGGGAGCUGGCGUUAGCAGCGCUCACAUUUCACUCAGGCGGGUUUAACCUUUCUGGAGUUCUGAUCCUGCACAUACCGCGCCUUAACUUGUCCCUGAGCUCACGGAUUCGCUCUCUUCUCAGGCUUCCCAAGGGGAGCUUAGAAGCCCUGGUCUUAUUUAGUCCCCAGUUUGGAGCCCAAGGGUUGGAGGGGCUCGGGGUAUUUCCCUAGGAUUAAUGGGUGGCCAGGAAAAUGCCCAAAUUUCUAUCGCUGCAAGAAUGAGAAAUGAAUGAGCCUUAUUGAAUGAGCUAAAUGUCUUAUUGAAAAGGGAAGAGCCCUUGUUCUCACCUACAAGAAAAGAAAAGAAAAACUCUAAGAUAUGUACUUUUCCCUAAGUAGCUCCACAAUACAGUUGUAACACAUGGAACCUGCAUUUACUUUCACUAAAUGCACAUGUUGGCACAACAUGACAGGUCUUUCAAGUGGAUCCCCCCCCCCUUUUGGCCAAAAGGAGAUGGUAUGACUGACUCUGAGGCUGCGGCGCUCAUCUCGCUUUAUUGGCCGAGGGAGCCAUUGUACAGCUUUCGGGUCAUGUGGCCAGCAUGACUAAGCCGCUUCUGGUAAACCAGAGCAGCGCACGGAAACACCGUUUACCUUUAUCUACUUGCACUUUGACGUGCUUUCGAACUGCUAGGUUGGCAGGAGCAGGGACCGAGCAACGGGAGCUCACCCCGUCGCGGGGAUUCAAACCGCCGACCUUCUGAUCAGCAAGUCCUAGGCUCUGUGGUUUAACCCACAGCACCACCCACGUCCCCACUCAAUGGCUACCUGGUGACAAUACUUAAAUCAAAGGCAGAGGGUUGAUAGUAACAAAACAGAACUGAGCUGGCAUCCAUUUCAUAAGAGUGCAGUCUUGGAUAGGUUGAAGGUCAGUGUGGACACAUCACAACUACUGAAGAGCAUAAGAGAACCUUUUCCAAUCUGGUGUCCUCCAUCUACUUUGGACUUCAAGUCCCAUCAACUCCAACCAGCACAGUUCUGACUCUACAGGUGUUGCUAUAGGACAGGGAUGGGGGAUAUGUUGCCCUCCAGACAGCAGGCUCUGCUAUUAGGCAGACUGAGGCACCUGCCUCAGGUGGCAGGAGCCACCAAGGCACCAGAUGCAAUGCUGGUAUUGGCUGAAAUUGCAAGAGAUCUUACAGAGCAUGCAAGAUCUUGUGCGAUUUUGGCGAGAUCUCACCCAAAAUUGGCGCCAGUGCUGGCGCCGCUUCCACACCAGUGGGAGGGCAGGCAGAGAAGCAACACCAGUUCCAGCAGGUAUGGCAGUGCCAAGGGCAGGCAGGGCAAAGGCAACAUUUCCUGUUUCUCCAGACUGUCCCCAGGUGUCAUUGGACUACAACUCCCAUCAUCUCUGACAAUUGGCCGAGUGGGUUGGGACUGGUGGGAGCUGGUGUCCAGUGAUACCUGGUAGAUUCCCAUACCUGCACCAGUGAAAAAAUUGGCCGAUUAAAGCAGUGGAUCAAGGGAACCAAUGCAGCAUGAAAGACUAAUGACAACACAAUGACUUGCUUUCUGUGAAGCAGUAUUAGUGUUCAUGCCUUCUCCGAUGUGCAGUAUUUGCCUACUUGGUUAUUUUCUGUGUGCACCUCGAUUUUUGUGAAUAUGGCUCUUCUCCCUAUAAGCAACAGAUUACAUUUCACAUUCCAUCAUGUUGUCUGGCCAACUCUAUAGCUCACUAAGUCUCUAUAGCCUACCUGCCUCUUUGUGGGGGGGAAAUGGUGGUAUAAAUCAGUCUUAAGAGGUUUUCAUUUUGGGGCAUAGGCCAAAAACGUAUGUGACUUAAAAAGAAAGAGGCAUCUAUUGAUGGCUCCCCGCCCCCUAAAAAAAAAAAGAGUAAGGGAAGCACUAGACUUGAGAUCUUAAAAUGGGUUUUGGAUUCUUAGAAUGGAAUAAAUAGCCUUAGUAGCAUCCUUAGUCGCGGCUUGGAUAAUAAUACAAAUAGUGCCUGAAGGAGCAUAGUAUAAUUAAAUAAGUAGUUCUCCUGUGCUGUGUUAGGAUCUCUUUUUGCAUGUUCUCCCCCCACCCCCAAUGAGUGUGGAAGCAUUUGUGCAUGGCUUGAUCAGGCCAUCUGUUGUGGUGAUGGUACGGUGAAGAUGGUGCUUUGCUCUAUUGCAGCAUUAUUCAUCCUAUAUAAAAUCUUUUUCUUAUGUGUCCCGCCAGUUUAUAGACCUGGAAAACAAAGGGCAGGAUCUCAGUAGAAACAGGGCCCAUAUCCCUUAAUGCCUUUGUUUUCAGUUCAGUCCCUAUUUCCUUCUACACUUCUUCCACAUAUUUGGCCCAAAUUGGGUGUAGUUCAAAUCUACACCAGUUCAGCAUUUGGACUGUUGCUGCUUACUUUGUCAAUUAUGUUCAGUCAAUUAUGCUUGCAGCUUGGUCUUAGCUCCCCCUCCACCCCUGGAAAUAAUGGAUACAGUACUUUGAUGAGUAUUAUGGUGCUGUCAUGAACUGCUGAAUGAAUGUAGAUCUUAGAUAGGAUUAUAUAGUUCUGGAGGGAGGAGUCGGUUGAUAUGACUGGCUAGUGAACAGACUGUAGGACAGGGGUCAGCAACCUAUUUCAGCCGUGGGCCGGUCCACUGUCCCUCAGACCUUGUGGGGGGCUGGACUAUAUUUUUUGGGGGGAAAUGAACAAAUUCCUAUGCCCCACAAAUGCAGAAAAUGCAGAGAUGCAUUUUAAAUAAAAGCACACAUUCUACUCAUGUAAAAACACCAGGCAGGCCCCCCAAAUAACCCUGAGAUGCAUUUUAAAUAAAAGGACACAUUCUACUCAUGUAAAAACACGCUGAUUCCUGGACGUCCGCGGGCUGGAUUGAGAAGGCGAUUGGGCCGCAUCCGGCCCCUGGGCCUUAGGUUGCCUACCCCUGCUGUACGAUGACGUUUUUUGCUUGGCGCUUCAUUCAGUUUCUACCAGCGAUGUAGGAUGGCAUAGUGACCACUUCCUGUAAGUGUCUCUGGCCCAAACUCCCUAACCCAGGCCUCUUGGCUUCUCAGAAGGCAGGAACAAGUGUAGAAACAGAGGUCAUGGAAAAUAGUUGCUCCCUUGUGGAAUAAUAAUGCAUUAUUAAUUUAUUUUUAUUUUUUAUUUAUGCUUCCAUCAUAGUCCAAAAUAUGAACAGCUGCAGCCCUGGCCCCCACCUCAUUUGUUUGCAGAUUUCACAUAGGUUUCAUUUUCCCUGCACUUGUAUUUGGACGGCCGAGUUUUGAAGUUCUUCAGCUGUAGUGGUGCAACGAGUGACUAGCGCUAAAGCUAUAUCCCUUGCCUGCAAGUUCCUUUCAUGUUUGAGCAUUUAAUUCUCAAGAAUGCUAUAUGCAAUGAUUUUAGCAGCUUUGAUCCUAUCAACUGAGCUGUUGCUGGGCCUGUUGUCCACUGGUACCACCUAGGUGUCAUAAUGCAGCACCGAUACACCAAAACAGGGGCAAGUGCUGACUCUUUUUGCUGUUGUUGUAAUGCUGAAGCAUCUUAAAAGGCCUAAUCUAGUUUUGUAUGGGCCUGUGUCGGUAUGUAGACAUACUUGGGCCUAAUAGCAAAACAAAAUACUGAUCUCGGUGCAUGUAUAUUCUUGGUUGGCAUGAUAUGCUAAACUGGAAUAACCCUUAGAGAGAUUUUAAGUUUCAGACUUCUGCUUUGUAAUGCAUUGGCAUUUGCUUUUGAGCUGAUUGUAUUUAACUCUGGGUUAAUGGUACUGAUAAUAAAAAACUAUUAACAUGUAGAGAACAACUGUUCUUUGGUAUAUAGUUUGGUGGUGAACUUGGGACCAAAUUACUUUCUAAUUUUUAUAAAAAUUGACCUCUUUCAGUUGUUGUACCAGAUAAUUGUAGAAAUUACCGGUAAUAAACUCCCAAGAUUCAUUUUCUUUAAACCAGUAAGUUCUACCUAAGAACCUUAGCACAACCUGGUUUUCUGCAUAAUCCAGCUUGACAUUUAUUUGUUAAUGUCAUUGUACUGGAGAGGUACUUAGUACUGUGGAGGUUACUGAUAACACACCCAGAUGAGAAGCGUAUUUUUUUAAAAGAAAAAACCAUAUUUAACUAUCUUGGGUUGUAUUAUAUUAAAGAUGAAUAGUUCAAUGAAAAGUAAUAUGUUGUCUGCUUCUCUCCCCCCUCCCAAUUAAUUGGCUAGCUUUGCACAUGGAUUGCACAUGGAUUGUGGCAUUUAUCAUUGUGGCUUGCAUGUGAGCUGAUCUUAAUGUUUUGCAAGACAAGCCUGGAUGAUUGUGAUUUUUUUAGGUCUUGGAUAGUUCAUAGCAGUUGAUGCCAGAUCUGUUGUCCUGCAUGAUGCCAGAGCCUGUGCCACUGUUUGCUACCAACUAGGACACAUUCAGUUCUAAACUCCUUUGCUUUUUCCUCCAGCUCUUUGCCAUAUUUGCCUUUGGAGCCUGUGGUUCUUUCAGUGCAGAAACAGGGGCUACUGUGAAAUGCAAUGAGAGUCCUAAAGAGACAACUGCUAUCACUGUGCAGUUUGGAUAUCCUUUCAGGUAAAUGGGGGUCUUACUGAGUGUUAAUUUAGCAGAUACUAUGUGGAGCUGGACAUUGUAGCUAAAUACAUCAUGGUCCUUAUGAUUCUGUUUCUAGCACCUCAUCUUGCCUGUGUUUGGAAAGGCUUCCUGAAGAAAUGAAACUUAGUUGCAAAAUUUCUGCUUGUACAGGAUAACCUCCAGAGUAUCCCAACUCUAAAAUUCUGGGUUUCUAGGAAAUGACUCAAAACAUAUUGGGGUGGUGGUGGUAGAGGGAAGUGGGUGGUUUAUUGGGGUUAGGCAUGCCAAGGGCUUGUGCAGGCUUAAUAGGAUUUCCCCCUAAUUUACCUUGAACAACCGCCCCCAACGCAACACCUCAAACCAAUUUUGUAAAUUGUUUUGAUUUCAGAACUGGUUUGCUCUGCAGCAUACAGGGGGCACCGAUAUGGAAACACAAACACAAAGUCCCCCUUGGGGUGUAUGCAACUAGUUUUAUGGUUCUUCGGGUCCUUCCAACGUGAGGGGAACUCUGCUAGAUCAAACCAAAAGACCAUCUCAUCGGGCAAUUCUGUUCACUCAGUCCCCAAGCAGGACACACACACAUAAUUGCCCUUGUCUACUCAUAACCCCCAUUACCUGGUAAUUAGAGGCAUAUUGCCUCUGAUAUUGGAAGUAGCAUAUAGACAUUGCUGCUAGAAGCAACUGGUAGCCUUAUCCUCCGUGCAUUUGCCUAACCCUCUUUCAAAGCUAUCUAAGUUGGUGACUCAGAGUUGGAAGGGCUACUUUGUACUAGAUCUCCCACUAGAUCUUUGUUUGUUCUAGAUCUUCUUUAUUGCAGAAGCCUGCUGGCAGUGGUGUCGCUGCCAUUUACUGGUAGGAAUGAGGUGGUGAGGUUGGGGUUGUGAGGACAUACCAGUAGGAGCCCUGAAUUGCUGCUUCUGGUUUGUUCACAAACCAUGACCUUGCUGCCUUCUCACCCCUGCCAUUGCUCUGCCUCUACCCCACCAGGCAAGCCACUCUUGGGUUCUAGUAUUCUGAGAGAGGGAGAGAAAUCUCUCUCUCUGCUUUUUCUACACCGUGCUUAAUUUUAUACAUCUCUAUUGUGUGUCCUGCUCCCCGACCUUUUUCCUAACUUAAAGAACCCCCAAUGUUGUAGGAAUGUGCUCACAGAAGAAUAGUUCUGCUAAUGCGAAGUAACAUAUUUAUUUAACCAAUCAAAGCAUUUACACACCACUCUUACAAAUACUAAAAUGCAGAUUAAUUAAAGCAACACAUUUAGUAACAGCAAAUAACAAAUACAGUAAAAGCAUCAGCAAUGAAAUAGAAUAUAUAUUUGCUUUAAUAUGGACUAUAACUCACCCAUUGUUUGGAAGCUAGCAAAAGAAAGUAGUUACAGAAUGCAUCAGACCUGUUCCUUGCAAGUUCAAAUGUGACUUUUUUGUUUUUAAAUAUACUGUUUAAGAGAACCAGAGAAAGACACUGUUAGUUUUUCUGACAUGUUUGUCUAUGUGAGCAUCAUAAGGUAAACAGACAUUGCCAUCAAGAAGAUACUGUAGAACAUAGUUCUGUUAAUGGGAAUGUAAGGGAGAAGGCACCCUUAGAUACAUAGGGUUCAGCUUCUAUCCACUUGUAAGAGACUGCCAUAUGCCUACCUAUUUUAUGUUCCCAUUUUGGACAUAGGCUUUUGACAAAAUCAGUUGUCAGCCAUGUUAGCAAUGAAGAGAAAUUCUUGUCACAUUGUAAGAUAAGUUAGAAAAUGUGUUAAUGUGCCAUUUUUGGUGAUCUGCAGAGAACCUCAUGAGUGAACACUGCUAAUUGGGAUGUUUUUGCUUCUAAGCAGUGAGUUUGUAGAAUUGGGUCAUCAGUUUAAUAUUUCCCAUAAUUCCCUGUUGGGCAUAUCCUAAUUUCCCCUAAUUCCUUGUUGUGUUUUGAAUGUGGGCAGCCCCAUUUCCCCAGGACACCAGAACAUAUCAGAGGAGUCCAUCUGUCCCGGGCAUUUUCCCUCAGGUAAAAAGGUAAAGGUAAAGGAUCCCUGGACGGUUAACUCCAGUUGAAUUAAACAAUGGGGUGCAGCACUCAUCUCCGCUUUUCAGCCUGAGGGAGCCGGCGUUUGUCCACAGACAGCUUUUCCAGGUCAUGUGGCCAACAUGACUAAACCGCUUCUGGUGCACAGAACACACUAAUGAGUGCCAGAGCACACAAAAACGGCAUUUACCUUCCUGCCACAGUAGUACCUCUCCAUCUGCUUGUGCUGGUAUGCUUUCAAACUGCUAGGUUGGCAAGAGCUUGGUCAAAGCAAUGGGAGCUCACCCCAUCAUGCAGAUUCGAACUGCCAACCUUAUGAUUGGCAAGCUCAAGUGGCUUGAUGGUUUAAACCACAGUGCAACCAGCCCCCCUGUUUUCCCUCAUUAGGUGCCCUUUAAGGCAAGUAUCACCUUUUCCGGCUUGUCCAAGCAUAGCUAUUUAAAAUGGACAGGUUCCUGAGACUCCCUGGUUGCAGGCAAUUUUGUUGCUGCAAUGCCACCAAGGAGGAGAUGAGGAUGCUUUCCUCCCAACACUUCUUGGAGGAUUUCAUUGGCCUUGGACUUGUUUCAGGAGGCGCUCUAGCCAGUGUUGUUUCAACUGUGUUUUGAGUUCCCCCUUCUUCCUUUUGUGUGUGUGUGGGUUUAAAUGCAUUAUAUUGUAUUUCCACUGAUACUGGGGUGAUCGCUCAGGGCUGAAAUGAUAAGGAAGGAGCUUUCUAAGGGCAUUACCAUUGGAGAGUUUAAUAAAUGUUAAAUGAAUGGGUGCACCUGACACAAUAAAAUCUCUGUGCUAAUAACUGCUAGACAGAGGAACAGCAGAUCAGAGUCUAGCACGAAUUUGUCUUCUGAACUAAUCCAAAGCAAAAAAACCCCACACUGACUGUCAUUUACACACACACACACCCCUUCAAAAUCACUGCUGGAAGACCUAAUUGUGCAUAGGGAAAGCUGUCUGGACAGCACUGUACUUGUAAAUUCUCAGUGCUCUGUGAUUUGUUUUGGGAAGGAGGGUUAUGCCCUUCAUAGCAAACUUAAAAGCUGCAACUGACUUGAUGCGUCUGUCAUCUGUUGAGAGACAUAUAAGCAUGUGAAAUAUGUUUUCAAAAUUAUUUUAUUUAUUAAAUUUGUAUGCUGCCCUUCAAUUGUAGAUCUGAGGGCGGUUCACAGCAUGAAAAUACAGGAUCAAAGCACAAAAGGCAUAAUAAAGACAAGACAGUAAUGCACAGAAACCAGUAACCCCUCCCUUCCUUUUUGCUGCUUGCUCUCCUCUUUCCCUUCCACUAUCUAUGUUCUGCUAAGUCCUAGUCUAGGUGGUGUUGGGGUUCAAUGCCACUGCAAAAAACAAGAGACUGGAUCAGAUUGUGGGGGGCAUUCAUAGGUCCUUUUGCCAUGCCAAAUCAGGAGAUUACCUUUCUUGGAAAGUAAGAAGCUAGCAAUAUUAAAUGAUUUGUAUGUUAGGGAUCUACCACAAGACUUGUCAGAUGAGUACAGACAUGGCCAAAGUUAGAAUGAAAUCAAUCUUACACUCAGUGUAUGUAGGAUAUGAGCAUGGUUCUAUCUCUGCAACUUUGCUUCCCUGCCAACAUCUGAUAGCUAUAAAUAGAGGCAAGCCUGUGAAGUCUAUUGAGAUGCCUUUGACAGGAAGAACAAAUUGGGAGGAGUGGUAGUGGUUCUAACAGAGAAAACACAGAACGAAGUAUCUGGUGAAUAGUCUCUUGGAAUAAUGAAUUGUGUUGUGUAUGAGUUGAGAAGCACUUUAGAUGAAGGAGGCUUUUGCUCUCAUUCUCUGAGCUCUUCUUGCUGCUUGACUUCUAGAUUACUAUUUGUGUUUUAGUAUACCACAGAACCCUGCUACCUUUUGGUUGGGGGUGGGGGUGGAAUUCACACCUGUUCUGUCAUGGCCAAGCCUCCAUUGCAGGGAGCCCUAUAUACUUAGGUGUUGAUGGUUAAAUUACUAUCUGGACAAGUCCUUAGAUCCUUCUUAAACUGCAGCCUGUGAGCUUAAAAAUGUCUUUUCUAAGAGGUAUGUUAAACAUAAAAAGCUAGCGAUUAGACAGACUUGGAAACAUUAAUUUUUCUCUGUUUAAGCCCCACGGUAAGUUUGCAUUUUUCAUUGGAAUCAUAGCUGCCUUUUUCUACCCUCUAAAUUAUCAGAUGAUUUCUGUGGGCUCUUGCUUAUUAAAAUAAGCAGAAUAGCUUCACAUAACCUGCAAACCAUUUGAUCUGCUGCACAUAAGCAGAUUGGCUUUAUAGUUCUUGUCUGCAAUGUGGAAACCUCCUGAUUUUAAUGUCGGUAAACACAGUUUUAUGUUGGAAGCUGUUGCUGAGGGCUCAAGCUACAGAACUUCUGACUUCAGUGCCAGCCUGGUUCAAAUGGCACAUGUGGGAAAAGGCUAGAGGCUAUUUAUAUAAUGUAGAGAGCUGCUGGUGCUAUACCACACGAUAGCAGCUAGAUGGAGAACUGUAAUAGCUCUUCUUAGUGACCAAAAAUUAUAUCCAAACAGCUAAUAUGCGCUCCAUGCGCUUGAUAUAUUUGGUCUCUUUGAAGAUGGGGUAUGUAUAUUUGUACUACACUUUUACAAAGUCCUAGCCCAACCAAUUUUCUCCAUGAAAUGACAAUUGCAAUUCUGUGCAUCAGCCAAGUCACUGCUUUGGAAAGCUGAGUCUUUGGAAAGCAGAAGGUGGAAAAAACUCUGAUCCUGCAAAGUGGUAGCUGCCAGAACAGUCCCAGUAAGUUUCAAGGAAGGAGGUGUCUUUCAUAGAUGUUUCCACCUUGUAUCUGUUUUGGUAGGAAGUUGGUUUAAUACUUUUAGAGGAAACCUACAGAGUGUACCCCAAAGCUCAAGUAUGUAAUUAAAAACAGAGAGGUGCUAUUUUUCUUUCUUUCAAGGAAGUGUCUUGUUCAAGUCAUGUCAAAGCAUCUCUACCACACAUGUAUCUUUUUGAAAGCUGUAUCAGUACCCAAGAGGUUUGCUCCUUCAGAGUAAGGGUGAAAUGUACUAUCACAGCAAGCCAUAUAGAGAAGGCACCACCUGUCAUCAGGCCUUACGAUAAGUGUGUUCUGAUUAGGAUAAGCAAAGAUGCAGAUAUGGUUUUAUUCCCCAAUGAGAAGAGUGACAUGAUUCUAUCCUGGAAAGGCUGGAGCUAGGCUGCAGUUGUUGGUUUGAGGUGUUUUUCCCCAGAGAGCUACAGGAACUUUGGAAAGGGGUUUGUUUGCUGUUUGGUGUGUGCAUUCAUCUCACUUUGAUAAACAGGUGCUGCAGGGUUUUGUUCUGCUUCAAAAACCUUGCACAAUCUAUUUGACCUGAAGUGAGAGUGGGGCAAAAUAAAUCUCAACUACUUUUAACUCGCUUAAAAGCUAUCAUCUGUCUCAACCUUCACCCCUGCUUGUCAGAGGUAGCUCUGUACCAGAUGUGCUAAGUCGUACCAAACAUGUUUCUUUCUCUUUCCUUUUCAUCCUGACCAGGUUGUACAAGGUUCCAUUUGAUAUGCCAGACUGUAUUGAAGGAUCUACUGCUAAAAGGACGCUGCAUCUCUUGGGAGACUUUUCAGCACCUGCUGAGUUCUUUGUGACCUUGGGUGUUUUUUCUUUCCUGUAUACCAUGGCAGCUCUGGCAGUCUAUCUACGGUUUCACUCACUCUACAAAGAAAAUAAGAAGCUUCCUUUUGCGGUAAGAUUUCACUUUGGUCCUCUGCUCUUUGAUGCAGGACCUAAACCCCGGAGAACCAGUCUCUAAAACACUCCUUGGAUAAGAGACACUUCUCUCUAUCCAAAUAGGAAGUGCUUCCCUAAACUCUCUAAUUCAGUUUAUCCUUGGGACAAUCCGGAGGAGCAGCUCACACAACCAUAUUAUGCACUGAGUGGAUCUGGAUGGUGCCUGAUAUACAGUGGUACCUCGGGUUAAGUACUUAAUUCAUUCUGGAGGUCUGUUCUUAACCUGAAACUGUUCUUAACGUGAAGCACCACUUUAGCUAAUGGGGCCUCCUGCUGCUGCUGCCGCACCACCAGAGCACGAUUUCUGUUCUCAUCCUGAAGCAAAGUUCUUAACCCGAGGUACUAUUUCUGGGUUUGCCGAGUCUGUAACCUGAAUCGUAUGUAACCUGAAGCGUAUGUAACCUGAGGUACCACUGUACAAGUAUUUUCCUGCAGUGCUGUAACAUGACAAGCUGCGCCUUCUGGAAUUCCUGCUUCUACCCAACUAUUUAAUGUACAGGAACCUUUACCCUGGUCACCCCUCAUUUUAGGGUGGAAUCUUGGGCCUUCUUCAGUUGGAACAGCAUUCCCACCCCCCACCCCCCAAAUGGCACAAAGACUAGUUAAAAACUAUCUAUCUAAUGCUGUCAUUAAACUCCUUCCCCUUGGGGUUGUGUGGAGCCACUUGAAUUGUUAUGACCCCAUAUCGCUUGCAGAUCCUUUAAGAGUGUCUUAGGUAGCUGUGGAAAAAUUGGAUGUGGCUCUUUUGGCACAUGUAGACCCACCAUGUGAAGGGCCUGAGAGAUGGAAUGGAGCAAUGACCCAACAUCAAGGGCCCUCAAUGCUUGCGUCUUUUGGGUGGAAUAGGGAGGGCAGUCUGUUCUAUGAGAUGGAGCCAUUGUGGUCUUCUCUGUUUUUUCCUCCCCCUAGGACUUCUGUGUGACCGUCUCAUUUACCUUUUUCUGGCUAGUGGCAUUUUCAGCUUGGGGCAAAGGUCUGUCAGAUGUGAAAGCAGCUACGCGGCCUUCCAGUCUCAUUGCUGCCAUGUCAGUGUGUCAACUCAAAACUGCUGUAUGCAAUGCUGGGGCCACACCUUCUAUGGGCCUGGCCAACAUCUCUGUGGUAAGAGUUGUCUGGGGAGCAAUAUUGGGGGGGGGGGCAGGAAUGGCAGAGCUUCAGCUGCAUUGGAACCUAUAGAGUGUAGCUCCACUGAUUUUAAUAGAGCUCGGUUAGUUUCAUACACAUUCAUAACUUCAUACAUUCAUACCCUUUGAGUAACUUAAAGCUACAGGUAGUGAUGUACCGUAUUUUUCGCUGUUAGGACACACUUUUCCCCCUCCAAAAAUUAAGGGGAAAUGUGUGUGCGUCCUGUGGAGCGAAUGCAGGCUCCUUGGCUUCAGCGAUAGCAAUGCGAAGCUGCCGAAGCGCAGAGGGAGUGCUCCCUCCGUGGUCCGGAGGCUUCAUGUUGCUUUCGCUGAAGCCUGGAGAGCGAGAGGGGUCGGUGCGCACCAACCCCUCUCGCUCUCCAGGCUUCAGGGAUAGCUGCCUGAAGCCUCCGGAAUGCAGCGGGAGGUCCUGCUGUGCUCCGGAGGCUUCGGGUUCCUUUUGCUGAAGCCGGGAGAGCAAGACUCUCCUGGCUUCAGCAGAGAGGGAGAGCGAGAGGGGGGGAGGAGGAGCAGCGCCAUCCAGGUUCCUCGCGUCUCGGCCCCGCGCCUUGCUCUGGGCGAUGUCCCCGUGCCUCUUUCCUCCGCGGCGGCUGUGGUGGCGGUGGCAGCGCGGGCUCCGGGGGGAAAGUGCACGGCCGUAGCAGCGGCGACGGGGUGGAGCAAGAUGUAUAAUGACACAACAAACAGCUACUAACUAAUGGAUUUUAACCUUUUAAAAAAAAUGCAGUUGGUAUCUUUAUUUCCCAAGUACAUCUUUCAGAAGUCUUGCCCUUCUUGAUGUGUACACCAAUGAAGAACAGCCUGUCUGCAUGUACUGAAUAUAAAGCUCCUGAUUCUUUUUUAAUUAUGGGCAUUUCACAGUUUUAUUCAGCACUGGCAACAGUCUUGUCAAAUCUGUACUUAAAUAAGUACUGGUACAGCGGUUGCUGGUUUAAAUUGCAUAUGCGAUGGAGUACAGCAGUGCCUAAAAUAUAUGCAACUUAGUGAUGACCUAAGUACAGAUUUCAGCCCCUGAAGAGCAGACAAGCAGACAGGGCAUCUGUUCAAGGCCAUUUUUUAAUGGAUUAAUUGAUUCUAAAAUAACUAUUGACCUCAUUUGGUCCUUGCCUUCACAAAUGUGGAUGAGAAUCACCAGUCACUACUGUUCACAAACACUUACUGAAAACUAGUGAAAAUUUGACUUGUUACUCUUUGUUGACCAAAGUGAUGAAGUAGACAGAAGAAAAUUAAAGGGCAUUAAGGAAGAACAUGUGAGCAUACUAAGGUUUUGCAUGGGCCUUAAAAUUUGCUUUGUAUCUGCUUAUAAAAACAAUUAGGAUCUGUUUUUGAUUCUCUGUCCACUUCAAACUGUGAUUCGGGUUUUAUGCUGCUCUGUAUAAAAUGGAGCUCUGUGUUCCCCAUUCACUCUUAUGGGAAAUCUAAAAAUGGCUAUAAACUUUUUCCCCCUUUUGGCAGAAGCAGAUGAAAGCACAGGAGCCGCUCCAAAGUGGAUUAACUCUACCAAAACGCAGGCCCAGGAGCCUUUAUAGGGAAAGUAAAAGGGUUUCACUUUCCUGCACAAGCCAUACUAGGGCAAUGCUUUUAUAAGGCUAAAACACCAAAAUCUAGUUAUCUUUUGGGGGGUGGGAGACGAUUUUGUCUCUUGUUCUUUCAUACCUUAAAAUAAUUAAAAAGUGGGCAAAUGGUGUAUAUUCUUGCUUGUACAUUGAUGAAAAUAUUAGCAUCUUCACACUGGCCAGCUUAGCUUUCCCAGUGCUUGUUUGUGUUGGGAUGCUAUGUCCUCCAAUAGGAGGUAGAAGGUGAGGCUGUCCUUAAUACUUCCUGCAGAGUGCUGAGGAGCCCCCAGCCACAAACAGAGCAGCAGACUGUGUGUGUGUGUGUGUGUGUGUGUGUGUGAGAGAGAGAGAGAGAGAGAGAGAGAGAGAAAGGGAGUCUCUUUUUAAAAAAUCAUUGUUCUGCUUUAACAACAACAAAAACCACCAAAAACAUCCACAGCUCUUCAGUGCUCCAAGGUCAGCAUUUAGACAAACUUGCUUCUUGCAAAGCCCAAGGACCUAGAGUAGAGAAACAUAGGCAUAUAGAGCACUGAAAAACAGAGCAACAUGAGGUUUUGUAACACACUGAUCCAGCUUAGGGCAUUUUGUUGCUAUCGCAGUUUGACUCUGAAAGGGUUAAAAGAGCUCCAUAUCAACCCAAUUUGCCUCAUUAUUUGGCUCCAGCCCAGAGUGGUUGCACUCCUCUACAACAUACAGUCUGCUCAGAUAGCUCGGCUACAAGCGCUUCUACAUUAACUCUGCACUUCUCUCUUUCUUUCUCAGCUGUUUGGUUUUGUCAACUUUAUACUGUGGGCUGGAAACUGCUGGUUUGUUUUUAAAGAGACCCCUUGGCAUGCUCAGACCACCAACAAGGAAAGCUCUGCUGAACAAGGAGCUGUUGAUAAGCAAUAAGGAACCUCUCCUCCUUCACUCCUGAAGCCUCCUCUUCCCCCACCAGGAACAGUGCCUUGUCUCACGUACAUGCUCAUCCCAUUUCACAGCAGGGCAGGAAAUACGCCUUCUCUGCCAAUUGUUGCUGCUGUCCAAUAGUCAUACUGGCAUCUCUCUCUCCUGACUAUUCUGGAAUGCCUUCCUCUGGCUGAAAUCAGGGGGUCCUCUUGUGGUCCUAGAUACACAGACUGUACAUGGUUACAAAAAAAACCUCUUCUGCCUUCAGAUUUUUUUACAAACAUAUUUUAUUGUGCAUUGUAACAUUGGCUACUACCAGUCCUAGGGUGUGUGGCAUUGUUUCUUCCCAUCUGCUUUUGACCACUUUAUAAUGAGAAAUGCAGGUAGAUUUGGAUAACAGCAUAGAGAUAGCCAAGGCAUUAGUGCUACAGAACCUGGGACAUCUAAGCACUUUUGAGAGUAAGUACACCUUCGACUCUGCGGCCAUAAUAGAAGCAGAAGCGGCAAUAUGCCCCCGGGCUUAGCAGCAAAAUAAAUGAGAAAUACAAAGGGAAUAUUUUUACUUUCAUACAAUUGAAGGAAGGAGUGUGUUGCGUUUCUCUCUGUUGCAUAAUGGGGUAUGAAUGUGCUAAAUAUCUCUCUGCUUCUCUUAAAUUCAGUUGGAUGAAAGCUGGAGCUGCUGUUUGCCCACAGAUGGGUUGUCCACUCUUGAGCAGCAAAGUUUUGGUGCCUUUAUUUCUUUCCUCUCAGGUCAUGCACAGAUGUAUACUAUGUCCAUAUUGAGCCACAAGUGCUGACUCCCACCAGUAUGAGCUGAUCGGCAGCUUUUAGUCUCCAUUUCCCUGUGUUUUUUUGUGUAUAGUGGAGGCAAACCCUUCCCCACACAGAGGAUGUAAACCCUGGAUACCUGUUUCAGUGUCUUCUGAGGUCCUGUUCUAUUUUUAAAAUGCAAACUUUUAAAUAUGAAAACCUAGAGGAAUUUUUCUCAGUUUCUAGGAUAGUUUAAUAUAAAACUUGGGCCCAAGAGGCUUGGGGCAUUCGCUUCUGGUUGACAAACAUGCAGGGGAAGGGUGGAAUUCUGUACAACUUGUUGUUUUGUUGAGAAUAUUUGUGGUUAAUGACCUUAGUUCUGGCCUCUGAACACUCUGGUAACAGGAACAGAUGAGCUGUCAAGUUUGUGGUGUGGAUUGUUUGUCAGUGAAUUCAUGUAUGCCACUAUCUCGGGCCAACGCCCAUUUUAACUCCAGUGUGGCAGUAGGCAGCUGCUUGUAGAUUUCUGAUGGAGGCUUGAGGCAUCCCAGGCCUCCAAGUGAAGAUGAGAAUCUUUAAGGAAGCUUCCAGUAUCCCUGGAUGUCCCUCUAGCAAAUGAUGGGACCACCAGUUUAGGACAGUAUUAAAUCUGACAUUUUUAAAUCAUAGAAACUCUUUGUUAUUGUGUAUAUGAAGCGGAUACUUUCAGGUGAAGAGAGCUGUCAUAUUUUCUUCCAUCUUUUGAUCAUGCCAUUGACAUAAACAAGGGACUGGAGCCUGGCCUGCCAUUUACUCCAAACUCUACUAGUUGCCUAUUUUCUAAAACUUAUAUGAGUAAAUAGAAAAGAAGCACCCCAAAUCUUUAGAUCCCUGUACUUCCAUGUGUCUAAUAUUGGAUGGGGGAAACUAGUUUUUUGGGAGGUUGGGGUGUAGCAAGUUGCAGGGAGAGUUCUUCUAUGCUGAUUAAAUCUUUCAUAUCAGACCUUGUUAGGUCUUUGACUUUCUCUUAUUUCCUUAUUCUCUUUCUCCUCCUUGUGCUGAGAGAGAGGAAUUCUCUUCUGCAGAAGGAAAAAUAUUAAUGGUGCUUCAUGAGGUGUGGGACCUCUACGCUAAGAAGACCCUCUUUGUACAUUUUGUAAUUUUUUUCUUCCCUAGUUUAAUUAUUGCCCUUGCCCCAGCAUUACAGAACAGCAGCCUUUAUGGAAUCCUCUGGCAUGUCUGCAGUCAAGCCACAAAGACUGAAGCAUACAAUCAUCCCUUGUGUUGCAGUGUCCAGAUUUUCUUGCAACAUAAGGGCUGGUACAAUACAAAAAGAAAGCUGACUAGCUAGAAGGAGGGCGGUUUUUCUCCAGUUUUCAGUCCAACUGUCUUUUAGGAGGACUUUCCCCAGAGAUUCUUUUUUAAAACCACUCACCGAACAUCACCAUUCACACCAUGUUUCUGGCCACAAGCUACUACUUCAUAAUAGUAGGCUUAGGAAUCAGCUUCUGGCAUGGUAGUGUAUUCCAUAACUGACCAUUACAGCCACUGUAGCCCUUGAGUGUACAAACAGAUCAACCCUCCAUAUCUCCCCAAGUUAGGAUACGUGUAUCUUGUAUCACAUUUGUGUCUUAUAGGGAUAUUUUCUAAUUUCUUAAAGAUUUGUCCAAGGCCCUCAGCUAGUAUAAAUUGACAGUGCGUGGUGCAUACCAGCUGAAGACCUGACCUUUGUGUCUAAGCCGUGGGCAAAGCCUAAAGAAUGCUGCUUCAGACAUGGGAAAUAUUCUAUGUAGACGGAUACUAGAAGCAGGAAUAAAGGCCUCAGUAAUAGUUCCAGGAAAAGAAAUGGUAAUUGUAUACCAUUGAUCAUGCAAAUCACUUUCCACACGGCCCAAGUUCCUGUGAGUUUGUUUCUCUCUGUACUUAUCUAUAAAUCCAUGUAUAAGAGAGAUAAUAUAUAUGGUAGCCUUGUAGCACUACAUUUGGCACAGCACAGGAGAGGGCUGUUGGGAGCAGCUGAGCAGACAGCAGGUGCAGGAUAUUUCACACCCUUGUGGGUUUUCUACUUUUUUUGGAUACACCCGAUGCAUUGAAACCACAGUUAUCCUGUAUGACUAACUCUCUCAGACUCCUAGCUGCGUAUUAGACGUGACACAUCCCUCCUCUGUGAUGGAGCCCCCACAAAACAGACUUCAAGCAGAUGACUGGGGACCAGCAGAACUUUUAACUGGAAGAAGGGGAAGGGUCAGUCUCGGCUUGUACUAGCUUUGCAUUUUGUGGCCUAUGAUUCCCCCACACAUUUGUUUUGAGUAGGGGUGAGAAAAGAGCAGGUGUGGAAUCUGUACAAGAGCUCAGUGUGAGAAGUGGUGUGGUUAGUGAUGCUCAAUGAAGGGUAUGCCAAAAAUAUACUCUGUCCUGUCCUGAAAAUGCCACCAUGUGGAGUAGAGACCACCAGCCCUGGGCAUGGUCUCCCAGUUCUCUCAAUCAUUUCCUCUUCUAGUGGCGGUAUGUUGCAUGUUUUUCUCCUUUCCUGACGAUUGUUAGUAUGGUUCUAAUAAAGUGCCGAGAGAGUUUGCUCUGAGGGAGAGCUGACUUUGGGCUGGUUUUCUUUGUCCUUGCCUUCUGUUUCUACUUUGAUCUCUUUUGCAGCCCGGUUCAUAAAAUACUGUUAUCUCGUUGAUUAUUUAUUGCUAUGCUGGCUAUCAGCUGCAUGAAAGGUUUUUGGGAGCCCUCGUUUCUUCUGCACCAACCGCAGGUGGCACUGUAUACAUUACACCAACAUAUGACAUGGUCUGAAGGUGUAGGUCUGGGCAUUGCCUGGAAGGCGCCAUGCAUUUACUGCCUUGGGUUCCAUGACAGAAGAAAGGUUGUGAUAUUAAUGUAAGAGAACAAAUGCACAUCCCAACAUUUCAUAUCUCUUUCUGCCUUUCUAAGACUUUGUGCAGACAAUAGGUAAUAAAGACCCGCAAGUGAUAUUGUAGGCAUGCAGUUGCUUGUGGUAUAUAUUUGGUUGAAUCCAGCUAAGUCAUUAUGUGUGUGGAACAGAACUCCCCCUCCCUUAUCUUCCAUCACAUGCCUGCCACACCAUCCCCUAAUCUACUCCAGAGGGUUUGGAGCCUUUCUCAACCUGUGGGUCUCCUGAUGUUGAACUACAACUCCCAUCACCCCUAGCUAGCAAGGCCAGAGCUCAGGGAUGAUGGGAGUUGUAGUCCAACAACAUCUGGGGUCCCAUAGGUUGAGAACCGCUGGUUUAGAGCAUGGGUGGGCAAACUAAGGCCCGGGGGCCUGAUGCGGCCCAAUCACCUUCUAAAUUCAGCCCGCAGACGGUCUGGGAAUCAGCAUGUUUUUACAUGCGUAGAAUGUGUGCUUCUUUUAAAAAUGCAUCUCUGGGUUAUUUGUGGGGCAUAGGAAUUCAUUCUUUUUCUUUUUUCUUCCAAAUAUAGUCCGGCCUUUCACAAGGUCUGAGGGACAGUAGACCAGCCCCCUGCUGAAAAAGUUUGCUGACCCCUGGUUUAGAGGACCCACCAAGCAAAUCUGUGGAAGGAGAGAGGAGGUUCUGUGACACUUACAAUUUAUUUGGAUGCCACCCAUUAAUCUGUGUCCCAUCAUAGUCCCUGCUCAAACUAGUUUAGUGGGUUGCUGAGUAGUAGUGCGCUUACCCCAAGCUGGCUUACAGAGAGGUCAGCAACCCGCAAAAAUGUUAGUAUUAGAUAGAUGCAGUAGAUAGAUGUGUGACUGAUAGGGAUGCUUAGUGAGUAGAAUCCAUGAUAAAUAACACAUCCUUUCCUUUUCCAUGUCCAGAGCAUUUGGGAAAUUUAAAGAUUGAAGGGUUUGUUUUUGAAUGGGAGUUGAGUAUCCUCAUUGGAAAGAAGAAAAAAUACAGAUUUUUCUUAGAUGUGAAACUGACUACACUAGAAAUUGAUUGCAGCAGUCUACUUUAACCACUUCAGGUGUCUUUUUGACUUGCAGAGAGGCAUUUCCCAUGCACCCUUUAGAUUUGUAUGGUUGUUAUGUGGAUAGUGUCAUUAUAAAGGGUAGCCACUAGGUGGCACUGGGCUUAGUUGCUUCUGUGUGGAGUAAAGAGUUUCCUAGGAAUGUUCUUGUUCCAAGGGGGACAGUAAAUUCAUUGUCUAGUUCCCUGACUAGACAGGUGCAUCCUGCAGCUCUUCCAUGAGUUUUCAAUGCUGGACUAGGGCAAGUACUGCAGUAGUGGUAAAGAAGAAUAGGUCCUGUUCUUCUAGAUAAAUAACUGUCUGUACUCAGCUGAAAGCACAAUUUCUUUUUCCACUGAUAACUAUGUUGGAAUGAUUUUAGUAGUCAGAUCCAGAGAUUUUCAAAAGCCACCAGAACUUCAUCUGAGAGGUGAAUAAACAAGAGAUAGCCAUUUACAGGUUUCUGUCCUACUCUUCCUCGGCACUGGACCUAUAUGUGGAGGAAAGGCUAUCCUUUCUUUUCCUUACAAUAACUCGGUGGCAUAGAGUGGUGGGAGAGAAGGAAAGAGAAGGCAAGGGUCAUCAAGGCUGAGUGAGGAGAUCUGAACCAACGUCUUUACAUUCUGUACUACACUGCACUGAUUUUUACACACACACAAAAUCAAACCGAGAAAACGCCUACAAAUACUGAAGUGGAUAAAUAUUGUUGCUUUGUUAAAAUAGGUUUAAAUCUGUUUUAUUUCUUUCCCUCUCUUGCUGAAUAUAGAAUUGGGAAAGAGGAGAAACCGAUUCGGAGCAACUGAAAAGUAACAAGAGAGGGGCAAGAAAGUUUGUAAAAAUAAGUGAAAUCCUCAACCAAUUUUACCUCUGGUUUCUGGCUCACCAGCAGAUCCAUAACUACUCUUAAGUCGAUCGGUAUUAUGAGGACUAGAAACUUGCUUUUUCUUUUUCUUUUUAGGUAAGAAAUUUUAAGGAUUCUGAAGGAUUUUACAGAUGCUAUUGUAGAUGCCAAAUUCCUUUACUUGCGGCAUAAAUAGGCAUCAUGUAUGUUAUCAGCUUCCCCGCAAAAUGGUUCAGAUAAUGCUGUGUCCUACUGCAUCCUCUGUCUCCUGUUGCUUUCCAGAGAAAUUUAGAGAUCUUCCCUACCUCGGCUAAUUUCGCUCCUGUGAUGCCAAGAGCGUCAAGGGGAAACGAUGACUGAAUAAUGAGAACAAAAAGAGUCUCAUUGGCACAUUGACAAGAAAUGCGUUCUGAUAUUGAUUCUAUUGGGUCAGCUUCAUUUCCAUGUGGGAACUUAGGUUAGAUUAUGACCAUGUCACAGUCCAUUCAGCUGCAUUCACAGCUGAGCUGGGUCUUCAGCCCAGGUUUCCCUGCUCAAAUUCCCACAUUCAUUUUUACAAACUGGUUUGGAGCAGCAUUGCUGUUUGAAAGAAGGGGGCAUGUUAUUUGUACAGCAUACACAAACGAUUGCAACGAUAAUGCAUACACAUCUAGCCUGAUCGUUUUAAAUUUAAUAUCCAUAUAUAAACAUAUAAUUGCAACUGGCAAUUGCUUAUCAAGUCUGUAAAAAUAAUAAUCCAAAGGUAAACAAUUGCUGCAGCAAUAGUUUAGAAAUCAAACAAUCCGAAGUUCAGUCACAAACAUCAGCCUGGUCCCAUUAGAAAUGCCUAAUAUAUCUCAGCUCCUAUUAGCUGCUAUUGUACAGUAUACACGUCUUCAUCAUCUUCAAUGUACCGUCAAGAAGGAUCACCCAUGAUUCAGAUAUACAAAUUUAAUAUAUAAAUAAGCAGUCCUUUUUUCUUUUAAAAAAAAAAAAAGUUUAGGGGUACUGUCAUUUUGACUCAAGAAAAGCACCAUUUUAUAGUUCAAACUGGGAAAAAUGAAUACAGUAAAUGGACAAAAGUACAAAGAUUCACAAAAUGUUUAUGGGUAUGCGUACCCCCAGAAAAAAGCACUGUAAAUAAGUAAAUAGGGUGUUGCUGCUCUCGUGAAGUUUUAGAAUAAUGGAAACUUUAGACAAAAGGAAAAGAUUUUCUGAACAAAAUGAGAGAGACAUUUUAUAUUCUGGAUUUUUUAACUGACAUGAUAGCUUUAUCCAAUUUCAAUUGUUUGUAUGUGGCCAUUCUAUUACAGUACUGAUUCGAUUGAAUGUGUGUAUUAUCAGGUAAAUCUUCUGUGAGUACAAUGAUGUGUCUUGGAGUUGUAUCUUUAAGGGUUUGUCCCAUUACUUUGACCCCAUGUAUUAACAGUUAACCUGGAAAAUAUUGCUCACCUUUUAGCACUUGUUAUAAACAACUGAGAGCUUGAGCUUUUGGAGUUUUUUUGUUUUAAUAUAAAAUUACGUAGUUUUAAACCCUGUGAAGAUGAUCUUGAUGAUCGUAUUCCUGUGUACAUACCUGCCACACCCAGAAGCAAGAAGGCAAAUAAAAAAAAAGAACUACAGGUUUUUCAAAUGCUGUGAACUUAAAUAUAUCUGAUUUAAUAUUUAGAGAAUGAAUAUCAGGCUUUGUUUAUACAGCUGCCAGCGUGAAAGGAACAAGAUGCCUGCCCUCCUGUACGUUCAUGUGGCCUUUGAAAGUAUUAUCCGUGCCUUUAAAAGUGAAGAUGUUGACAUGUCCUUGCUGCAGAACAUUUAGACCAUUAUUGGCACCAUGAGCUUCUUCCAGAAGGGGCAAAAUCAAAAUCUGAGCAAUGCAUUAAAAACCCUGAGUUCUGCUGACACUAACCUUGAUUCUUGCAUGUUCCUCAUUGUAAAGGAUAUCCUGUUUCUGCUUUCAUUUCUGGUUUGGGGUUUUUUUGUUGUUGUUGUUUGGUGGUUAUACAAUGUACAGUUUCCAGCAUGCAACAACUGUAUUAUCAUCCUUCCUAAACAAAGAAAAGGGGGUGGAGGAGGAAGAAGAAAGGAAAGGAGAACUUGACAGUAUUAUUUUCUACAUGCUUAAGCCGUUGAGGUUGUUUCCAUUAAAGACUAAGAAAAAUAUAUCUUGCUUUCCUUGGUGGCUUUGCAACAUCCUGUGUGCUGAUGGGUAUCUCUUCCUGCCUCCUUAAACCUGGGGCAGUUUGAGCUUGUGUCAACAGUGGCAAGGCGUGUUAUUAUCUUAGUUUGCUUUUCAGAAUAUUAUCAGGAAAUCAAAAAGUGGAGCAACAAAACAGAGGGGACUGGUCUCCUAUUGUAUUUGUGCACUUAGGGAAAUUUCAGUCCAAUGCCUGCAUGGGGUGCCAUUGCAGCUCUGUACCCAAGAUUUAUAAACGUUCCCUUUUAUAGCACAUUAGGGCCAGAUAGUGUAGCAGAAGCCAGCCUGAGGAAAGACACACAAAAUGCUAAUUACAAAAACCUGCCUACAAUCGUGCAGUAACUCCCAAUGUUUUUUUAUGGUUUAUACUCACACGAGUAGGUGUGUAUAGGAUAGUAGCUGUUUUGAGGAUGAAUUCUCCAUUUGGAUAAUUUUGUCAUCUUCCAACUCUGUGCAAGGGAGUGACCAGGAUUCCACGUUUAGCUGUAGGGCAGAUUUAUUUCAAGGCAUUACAAAACUAGCAAUUUAAUUCCAGUGUCAGUGCCUUUCAUAAUAAUCCCUAGCAUGAAGUUUGGCAUGCUAGGAAAUUUCCUGGUUGUCCUAUUUAUAUUGUUUCCAAUAUUUAUAUCCUGCCUGUCUAUGAGAAUUAAUCAGGGAAAUGAACAUGUUCAGUUUAUAAUAUAUUUAAAAAAUAACAACUAUCACUAAAAACAAGCAGGUAAAAAAGUCAAAUCUUGUUUAAAUGCAGCAUCCCAAAAGGCUUGCUGAAAGGUAAACUGAUGAAGCCAGGUAGGCCUCUCUUGGGAGGCUAUUCCAAAUUCUGGCAGUUCAACCAAAAGGCUCUGGCCUGUUUUGUCCACCCAUGAUGUAUUUUACAGGAGGGGCAGUUGGGGAAGGGCUUCAAGUGAUGCUUUAGAUACUCUGGUUAACAUGCUGAUUUGCAUGUUCUGCUCAAAUCUGAAGUCUCCUGCAUGAUACUAUAAGCCAGGUGCAUCCAAUAAAGUGGAAGGAUGCAAGAUUUGGGUCAGUACUUCACACAGUCAGUUAAACUGGAUCUGCUCCUAGACAAUGUGCUGAUGGCCACCAACUUGGAUGGUUUUAAAAGAGGAGUAGAGAAAUUAAUGGAGGAUAAUGCUAUUGAGGGUUACUCACUAUGACAGCUAUGUUUUACUACUAGUGUCAAUAUCCCUCUGAACAAGCUGCUGGGAAUUGCAAGUGGGGUGAUUGUUGUUGCCUAUGGGAAAUUUGCAAGGAGGACCCAAGUGCACCUAGAUGGAUCUUUGGCCUGAUCCAGCAGGGCUCUUACGUUUCAAACCGUCCUCAUGUAGAGUGCAUUACAGUAAUCCAAUCUGGCCUAUCCGAUUGUGUUCAGCAGUUUAUUUCCGUCAGGCACAGGGUACUGCAUAAGAACAGAGGGAGAGACUUGCUGGAUCAUUCCAAUGGUCCCUCUUCUCCAGCAUUCUGAUUUCAACAGUGGCUUUGCAAAUGCUUCCAUGAGGCAAGGCUACGGUCAGGGCAUGAAGGUCAACUGUUCUCCCCAGGCAUCUUCUAUUCAAAACUAAACUGCCUCUGAACUUGGAGGCUCCAGUUACUGUUGGUGCUUUAUAUCACUCAGAGACAUUUCCUUUAUGAAUUUAUGUAACUCUCCUUUAAAGCUAUCAGUACAUAUGGUGGUAGUGAGUUACAGAAUCGUCGAGUUGGACCCUGAGGAUUGUCUAGUCCAACCCCCUGCAAAAAUGCAGCUGUCCCACAUGGGGAUGGAACCUAUGACCUUGGUGUUAUCAGCACCACGCUCUAACCAACUGAGCUAUACAAGUUUGUUAUGGGUUGUGUGAGGAAACGCUUCCUAUUGCCUACUCUGAUAAUUUACAGCUUGAUUAUCAGAAAGAAUUCCACAGAUUUUAUGUACAAAUGUUUUUCAACAGUCAUUAGCAGGCAUUUCUCUCGUACAAUCAAGCACACUUUCACAUCAUCCAAUAAAAUAAGUUUUU